CUUCGGCGGGGGUGGGGUGGAGACAAGAGGCGAGAUCACUGCCUGCCCAGCACUGACAGCAGCGGAGCAGACGCCGACGCAGUCAGAGACGGUAGCUGUAUGGUACAAAACCAUUAUACCCUUUUCUCUUCUUCCUAGGGACCGGCUUUAUGAUUAAGCUACAAUCUUCAAUGAGUAAGCAUAUCCCUCAGUUCUGUGGUGUUCUUGGUCACACAUUUAUGGAGUUUCUGAAGGGCAGUGGAGACUACUGCCAGGCACAGCACGGAGUCUAUGCAGACAAGUGAACUCUAGAAAUUCAUUACUACUCCACACAGAAACCCCCUUAGGAGCUGAGGCGGCGCUGAUAACCUGGAUAAGAAGCAUUGAAUAGUCCCGGCAGAGCACUUGUCUUCACAGAGGAGCUCGAACCUGGAUGGGGUAACCUUUGGUGCACUGCCUUCUUUGUUGGCUUCAGUAUUACUGGAAUCAAGAAGAUCUGCUGCUUUUUAUUUAGUGAUCCAUUACCAGCCACCUACCCCCAGCUUAUUUUCCUAGACCUCAUCUUUGCAGAGGAGAGAAUUUCCAGUGGAGUACAGUGAAAGAAAAAAAAGUCUUUUUUCCCAUAUAUCCACGUCAAUUUGUAUUGGAUAUUUUUAAGCAUUUUUUGUUAUUAUUGUUGUUCUUUAUUAAAUUUGUACAAAACCUUUUUUAACAAUGGCCCGAAUGAAUCGCCCUGCCCCUGUGGAAAUCAAGUACAAGAACAUGAGAUUCCUCAUCACCCACAACCCCACUAAUGCCACUCUGAACAAGUUUAUAGAGGAACUGAAAAAGUAUGGUGUUACCACGGUGGUGAGAGUUUGUGAAGCUACCUAUGAUACAUCUCUGGUGGAAAAGGAAGGCAUUCAGGUUUUGGAUUGGCCAUUUGAUGAUGGAGCCCCACCUUCCAACCAGAUUGUCGAUGACUGGCUGAACCUCCUGAGGGCUAAAUUCCGUGAGGAGCCUGGCUGUUGCAUUGCUGUCCAUUGUGUAGCAGGACUUGGCAGAGCUCCAGUCCUGGUUGCCCUUGCUAUGAUUGAGUGUGGAAUGAAGUAUGAAGAUGCAGUGCAGUUUAUAAGGCAGAAGCGCCGAGGAGCCUUCAACAGCAAGCAGCUGCUCUACCUGGAGAAGUACCGCCCGAAGAUGCGCCUGCGCUUCAAGGACUCCAACGGCCACCGGAACAACUGCUGCAUCCAGUAGGAGGGGCGGCGCAGGAGACGGCACGGCCACAGCGCGGCUCUUGCGUUCGUUCGGACCCCGGAAGCAACUGUAGGACUUCAAUACCAAAUGGACGCUGUCGUUUCUUCCAGUGAUAUCUCCUGCAAUGCUAGAUAUAUUGUAAAAGAUAUUAAUAGCAAACACCACCUUGUUGCAGAUACUAAGCCCUGUUUUCCGGCAUUAAAAUCUAGUGGCCAACAUGAAUCUGAAGCAAUUCUGAGAACCCAGAUUAACAGUCUAGUAUUUGCUUGAAGAGUUAACGGAUGCAGCCAAAAUAUUAGUCUUAAAGAUUUAUUUUGUAGUGUUCAAAUUGCAAUUCUGACACACAGUAAUAUAAGUCAUCAUUUGGGUUAUACCUGAGAACAUCUUGCUAACAAAAACAACGAUAGUUGUAAAUGUGGUUAUUUUUUCUCUUUUUUUUUUCUUCCCCACCACAGCUCCAAGCUUAGGUUAAGUAAAAUUGGAAGUAAAGAAUUUAAAAUACCCUCUUUCAGUGGAGCUGAGUUAUGGCGAUACAAUCGGAAAACUGACAGUGUGGUUGAAAUCUGUGCUCCAUGAAGAUGAAUGAAUUGACACUGGUAUGGAGUAUUGGUAAUGUUGUGGAAGCACCGUGGCUAUGUGUUGGAGAGAUGCAGCAGGCAGCAGCUUUGGUUGGGGUUUGCUCUUUAGUCAUGUGCUUCACUCCGUUGGCUCCAGCAGAUACUCUGCUCUGUAAACAGGUUUCCAGGUUGUCAGUGUAAAUGAGAAUUUCUUAAUUCGCUUACCUGGUAAAAUAAAUGGUUAAAUAUGAGUGUUCGCUAUACCUUUAUUGAUAGGAUACAAUUAUGAAAUAAUCGAUCUAUAUUGCUUUUUACACAGCAAAACGUUAGUGUUAUAUACAAAACAGAGCUGGGCUUCUCAAUGAGAGACAUCGCUAUCACUAGAGCUGAUUUCUUAAAAGAAACUGAAGUUUUGCACCUAAAGUUUAAGUGCUUUGCUAAUGUAAAAUAUAUGGAAAACAAAAUAGCUUAAAUUGGGCUAUUAAUGAUGCUUGAUUUCACCAUAUAAUGUGAUCCCUUUAUCACGGUUGGAAUGACUUAACCUUUAACUAUACUUCUACAGAGAUCCCUUCUGUUGCGCGGUAACUGUUCUUUUCUCUAUUCCAUAACCGGGACUCUCACUGUCUACCUUUCCAGUCAGUAGAAACAGGUGUCUUUAUAUAGACUCCUUAAAGACGGUACAUUUGGUCUCUAAAGAGCUUGUGUGACAAAAACUUUAGUUGAGGCUAAAAGCAUCACUCAAACAAUUCCACACCUGGGAACCAAGGGGGCACAAAGGCAUCCUUGUUUGAUGUUGUGAACUUAGUUUGACUGUCUUGCAGAUGAAGAAUAUUUAACCCCUCGCUUCAUGUUUUUAAUGCUAGAGAGCUGGGCUUUGUGACUGAGUAGCUCAAGCAAGUUGGCCUUCCAGCACAGUGCAGUACCAUUGCGAUGUCUUUUCUGAUACCCCGAGUGAGGCGCCAGCGAUGAGCCGCUUGCCCCUCCUGAAGCAGUGUGGGGGUUACUGAAGGGGCCCCACCCAGCACGCAGCUGAUUACUUUUUUUGCGUUAUUUGCCAUCUGUUUACAGGUGCUUCCGUGGGAGGUAAGGCCUGGCAGAAAUUCAGUGUAGGAACGCCCACUUUAUGGUCUAAAGGUAACUUUUUAUUUCGAAGGAAGUUAAUCUGCACUUAAAAAUCUAACCUUGACAGAUGUUGUACUUGUUUUACAUUGCUUUCGAAGUAUUUUAAGGAUAUAGGGGCAUUAGGUGCCAAAUUUACAGAAUUAGUAUUUUAAGUUGCCAUUAGAAGAUUGAAGGGUGUGGACUACCUGGACACAUUGCACUUGAUCUAAUCAUGAGAGGGAUCAUCAGCCCGAUGGGGAUAUAAUCUGAAAGACUGGCUUCUCACUGUAUACACUUGUUUACACCUUAUCAUUUCAACAUUUUAGGAGGGCUAUUUUUGCACAAUAUGUCACUUUUCCUUCUGUUAACUUCUCAAUAAAAGACAACCUUCUGUUUUCAUCCUGCAAACUGGUGACCUUUUACAAUCCAAGAUUGCCGCCCAAAAAGCUGUACCAUUCUCUUUAGACUGUAGAAGCACAUGCUUUCCUUCUACUGCUCAUAUUUAAAAGCCUUACUCUUAGAAACAGCGCGCUCUUCAAGUGCAGUUUGGUAGGGCUGGAAGCAUAUAUCUGGGAGGGGCUAUUUAAUAUUUCUAUGUGGAAAAACAGCAAAAAAUGUUGCCUUUGUCUUGUGCAGAAAGUACAUUAGAAGUAUGCCCUUCAGUAAAUAUUUUUUAAUACAUGCUUUGUUAUUGUAGCUAAAGAUUCUUAUUGUAUAAUGAACUUCUCAAAACCCUGUAAUUUUCUUUCAAUGUAUGUAUCAAGACUUUGUUUACCAACUACUGCUUUGUCUAAAAUGUGAUUUCUUCAGUUUUGGCUUCAAACUGUAGACUUCCAAUGUCUACAAUAUUUUGUAUGCCUUUUUAUUUGAUCUGCAUAAUGUAAUACUUGGAUACUUGAUAAUUUAUGUAUUUGAUGAAAUGGUGAUGUGUAUUAAUGUUAGAUCAACUAUUUAUACUGUAAAUGGGAACGUGUGGUAUAGUACUGUGGGAGAAGUAAAUUGCCAGUGUUCACCAGCUUGUGAGAGAGCUUGUACAUCUAAAUAAACACUGAAAAUACAAUUAUUCUUCUGUUUGAA